AUGUCUCUACCCAAGACUAAGCAUGGCUAUGACACAGCGAGAGCAUGGAAGGACAUCACUACGACUCAGCGUAAGUUAGAAUUGAAGUCUCUUCUUGCGGCGCUCCCUAGCAAGCCACACACGAUGCCAACAUUCCAUGCUUGGCAGGGUUUUCAAGUCCAGUCGGAACAUUGGGUCAUGCGUGAGCUGGGUUUCAAAGGUGACUUCCCCUACGCUGACAAGAUCACCGGUAUUCUCGGAAUAUACUUGACUGAGAAAGCGCAUCCAAAUCGUUCGCUUCCAGGACCGCGUACCACGAAGCUUGGACAUGUGAAGCCAGAGGUACUGAAGAAGUGGGUCGAAAAGCAUCGCAAGGAAUUGAACAAGCGGGAUGUACCAGGUAUCGGGUGGUUGAUCAUGUGGGUCGCCCUGAGGAUGGAUGAGAUUGGUGAAGGGAGUGUCCACGAUGAUCAGCAGGCUGCAAAGAUGCUAGAGAGAAUGUCACUUUGUGGUUCUGGAGGCUGUGCAGUCCAGUGA